ACUUCUUACGAUUCCCGCAGCAGCUUCGACGGUGCGGGGAGCGUGAAGAAUGGCGAUGAUGCAGUUGUUCGGCGCCGUCGCGAGACGAGCUGCGGUGAUGGCGAAUCGACCGUCCCUGGCUGUUCCGAUCUCUUCGCUGUCGUCUGCUUCGCUUCCUUCCUCCUCGUCGUCGUCGAUCGGAGCUCCUCCGCCGUUCCCGGUCCUGUGCGGGAGGGGGGACAAGAGGACGAAGAAAGGGAAGAGGUUCAAGGGAUCGUACGGGAACGCGAGGCCGAAGAAGGAGAAGAAGAUCGAGCGCAUCAAGGACAAGGUUGAGGUCCCCAGGUCCAGUCCUUGGCCUCUCCCUUUCAAGCUCAUUUGAAAUUCCAUUUCCGCUCUCUCUCUCUUUCUGUGGUUUCGUUCGCGUAGUUGUAGCUGUACUUCUGAUUUACUGAUUGGCAAUGGAUGGAAGCUGUUUUGUGUAAAUUUUUGGUGGAUUUUCAGUUGGUUUUGAGGUUAGAGAAGUUUGAUUUUCUUCGAGGUCAA